AUGGCAGAAGAUCUUGAUACCCUCAAACUGCAUCCUAGUGACAAUCCUAGAUUGAGUUUAGUCACUACCAUCUUGGACGGCUCAAAUUUCUUAUCAUGGAGCAGAUCAAUAAAAUUGGUUUUGACAGCCAAAACGAAGAUGAGUUUCAUAAGUAAAGAUGCAGAAAUACCAGAAAGAAAUACAAAGGAAUUCGAGCAGUGGAUUAAAGUAGACAGCAUGGUUACCUCAUGGAUCUUGAAUUCUAUUUCAAGAGAUAUAGUGGAGAGCUUCAUGUACACAAAAACAUCAAAAGAACUAUGGACUGAACUUGAAAACAAAUACAGACAAAGCAAUGGUCCAAUGGAGUAUAGGCUAAAGAGGGAACUUGCAUCACUGUCACAAGCAAGGGAAAAUGCAGAUAUCAAGAGCUCAGAUCAACUUAUGCAGUUCCUAAUGGGGCUGAAGGACUCCUACGACCACGUGAGGAGUCAAAUUCUUAUGAUGGAGCCCUAUCCUAAUGUGAGCAAAGCCUUUUCCAUGGUACUUAGAAUUGAAAAACAGAAAGAAGUAAAUACAGAACCUCAGUAUGCAUCUCAAAAUUUGGCGAUGCAAGCUUUCAAGAAACAAGAAUUUCCAAGAACCUUUCAAAAGAAAAGAAACUUUGUUGACAAGAGGUCUCAAGGGUACCGUGACUGGUACAAGAACUUAAUGGAACAAAGAAAGAAGAAUGCUACUGAAAUCAACAAAGCUGUUGUUGUCAUAGAGAUAAAGGAAGAAACCAACAUGAUGAUUGAUGAGAAAGCAAUAGCUCAUGUCUUGAAGUCUGAAUUGCACAAGAUUCUAGGAGGAUUCAAACCUCAACACUAG